CCGGAUGGGACUACAACAGAGCAAGUGCGUGACUUUUUACAAGAAUUUUCAAUUGGGGAGAUUACUUUAUUAGAGGAUGUGCCUUUAAUCACUAUAAUUACUCCGUCAUAUUCCGAGUCAAAGAAAAUUCCUCAGCAAAUUAUUUUGGAGAAGUUUGGCAAUGCGAAAUUGGUGUUUGAGAGCAUACUGAGUUUGAAGUACAUUUCAAAUACUAUUUGCGACAAGAAAGACGCACAACACAACGAAAAUGCACAACAUGAAAUUCGACAAAUGAAUGAAGAAAGUACACAACAAGAAGUGACACAACAAACACUGCAAUCAAACGAUUCAAACAACACACAAAUGCAAACAACACAAAAAUUGAAAUGCUCUAUUUGUGGGCAACUGGGGCAUACACACCAAAAUUGUACUUGCACAAAACAGCAACAAGAAGAACUUGAAAAGGUGCGACAAGAAAAUUUGAAAGCAAAUGAAGAAGGAAAGACUGAAAAGAUAGAAAAGAAAGAGUCUGGCGUCGUGAGAGAACACCCAGAAAAGACUUCUCAAACCGCUGAUACACAUAAAAAGUCAAUCGAUGUCAAAACGGAAGUACUUGUAAAGGAAAUCCACAAAGAAACAGAAAUUGAACCAAAUAACUUAAAGGAAAUGGUUCGUGAUUUGGUCAAUGAGGUUAAAAGUGAGAUUGAAAAAAAAGAAUUUAGAAUAUAA